GAUACACGCGAGCGUAACUGUGUACAUUAAUGUAGUAAAGAUGUGAUAUAAAUGUGUAUUGCCACUUCCACAAGUACCAGUACUAGUACCAGUACCAUCUCCAUCUCUGCUAAAACACCAGGGGAUAAAAACUUUUGAUUGCCAGUUCGCAGUAUCCUAGAUCCUUAAAUUAUUUCAGCUUUCUCUCAUUCGAUUCGCGGACCUCAGUCCUCUUGGACAUAAAAUUUUUCAAAAAUUCAAUCUCUAAAUUACUCAUUUAUUUUUUUUUUUGCAAAAAUGGGAUUGAGGUCAUGAUGAGUGCGACAAGUUUCAUAUAUUUGCUACCGUUGACUUUAAUCGCGGGGGAAUUUAAUAAUGAGUGCAAACGUCAGUGUAUUAGUGGAGAGUCACUGAAAUGUCAAUACAAUUUUGUUGUUACGGAAGCCCAUAAUUUAAAUACAAUUUGUAGAAAUGAAUCUGAGGAUUGCGAGGACUCAGUAGACAGCGUGUUGUUAAUUAACGGCUUGACACCUGGACCAGCUAUAGAAAUAUGUCUCGGCGACAGCGUAGAAAUAUUCGUCCACAACAAAUUAUUAUCGACGGAGAUCUCAUUCCACUGGCACGGUAUCAGUCAACAAGGAUCUUCGCACAUGGACGGCGUCACAAUGAUAACCCAGUGUCCAAUUCUCCCGUUCACCAGCUUCCGGUAUGACUUUAAGCCCGACAGUAAUGGAACUUAUUUCUAUCACGCCCACUCAAUUUAUCAACAAGCCGACGGUUUGCACGGAGCUCUGAUAGUUAACUCCCCGUCAGACGACCAGACUCUACAAAAUACUUUUAUUCUAUCAGCAAAAUCAGAUCAUAUCUCGCCGCUAUCGUCCUCUCAAUCGGCUCCAAUCGCUUUGACAAUAAACGGCAAGAUCAAUAAUGCAGAGUGGACCGUCCGCAGAGGCAACAAUUAUCGUCUGCGGUUAAUAAACGCCAAUAUUUUCUGCCCGCUUGCAUUUUUCAUCGACGAGCAUCCGCUGACAGCCAUCGCCGUCGGCAGUACCCUCGUCAAAGAAGUCGAGACAGUCCAUGUAAUAAUAUUCCCAGGGGAAAGAAUAGAUUUGACAUUGAAUGCAAAUAGACAGGGAUCGAAAUAUCGGAUGGUAGUUCAAGGUCUGGAGUCCUGUAGGCACUUGAUCCACGAGGCAGCAUUAACUUAUGACAGUGCGGAAUCGAACGUCUCUGCUCCCGAUAAAGAUGAUGCUCCUCUACAUUAUCUCGAUGUCCCAGAAGAAUUGCAGGCUCAUGACUGUGCUAGUAUUGAAAAAAAUACUCUCUGUUCCUUGGAUUUAAAGACAACGUCCAAUGUUAUUAUUAAUAACGACCCCGCAGACAUUUAUUAUAUUCCUUUUGACAUAAACUACUACCCAGCCAUCACCGAUGACAUGACUGAUUAUACUUUUAAUAUUUAUGGCUAUUCUUAUUACCCCUCUUACUUGACAAUUAAAAAUAAUCCGAAAGUACCGCAGGUAAAUAAAAUGUCAUUUAAGUAUCCGUCGUCGCCGAUUUUAUCACAACCGGAAGCGAUUGCUGAAGAUCAAAUUUGCACGAUCGAUGACCGUUCGAGUGCGUGCCGAAAUAAUCCCGAGUUCUGCGAAUGCUUGCAGAUUUUACAAGUGCCGCCUAAGAAAACAGUCGAAAUAAUUAUGAUUGACGAAGGGAAUGGAGGAAACAGGAGCCAUGUCUUCCAUACUCAUGGAUACGCAGUAAAUGUAAUAGGACACCGAUCAUUCGGACGUGCAAUUACUCGAGAUGAAAUCGUAUCUCUUGAUGAAUCCAAUCAGCUGCCACGGAAUCUCAUCGAUCCUCCGAAAAUGGAUACCUUCGUAGUUCCGAAUAAGGGCUACGUCAUUUUGAACUUUUACACAGACAAUAUCGGCUACUGGUUGUGGGAAUUCCGGAGCAUUGAAGCAACACAUGCGCCGGCAAUGCAAUUCGUUCUGCAAGUCGGCAAUCAAGAGAGCAUGCCGAUGGUGCCUAUUGAUUUUCCGACUUGCGGGAAUCACAAGGGUCCGGACUUGAUUUUCGAGGAUGAUUGAGCUGAGAUUUUUAUUUUACUGUAUACUGUAUAUUUUAUUUAUUUAUUUUGUGUAAUAAAUGAUAUUUUUAUUUAUUUAUUAAUAAAGAAGUGAGGGUAAAUUAUUA